UCCACUCCAGAUUCCACGUCUGUUCUCGUUUCUUUUCUCUAUAUUUAAUAUUAUCUUUUGGUUGUCUCUUUUUGGAGGCUACUUGAUUAUCAAACACCAGCAGCAGCAGGCAAAAGCAGGUAGUAUUGCCGCCGGAUUAAACAGUAACAAUCUUGAGGCUGCAGCUGGUUUUCUCAGGGCGGAAAAGGAGCUAAGGAAGGCGCCGGCUUUGCCACCGGAUUUGGAGCAAAAGUCCAUCCAAGUUUCUGACUAAUUCUGGGUGGUAUAUAAGAACUCUACUAGUGUUGGUCUCAAAUGGGUUCACUGGAGGAAAGUUCAGGAGCAGCAGAAGUCCUCACCGUUGAUGUUCAUAAGGCCAAGUCUCUCAUCGAAUCCGGCCAUCUCUACGUUGAUGUCAGGACGGAGGAGGAAUUCAGGGCAGCACAUCCUGAUGCAAUGAAGGUCUGGAAGCUGCGAGGCCAAGCUGAGCCUGAAGAAGUUGAUCCCAGUUCCUGCGCCGCUGAUGAUUGCAUGGUCACCAAGAUACACAACAUUCCUUACAUGUUCAACACUUCCCAAGGCCGAGUGAAGAAUCCUGACUUCUUGGAGAGAGUCAAGAAGAUCUUCAACCAAGACGACCAUCUCGUCGUGGGGUGUCAGAGUGGAGUGAGAUCUCUGUCUGCAACUGCUGAUCUUCUUAGUGCAGGUUUCAAGCACGCUUGCAACAUGGGAGGGGGUUAUCUUGCUUGGGACAAGAAUGGGUUCCCUGUGAAGAAACAUCAGCUCAAGGAAGAACUCUGAACCGUGAUUUCUUUUACUUAUUUUGCUGGCCGAUUAAGGUCUGCCCUGUACUAGUUCCCGUUUGUAUUUUCUUUCUGCGUCUUUGCGGUUGUCCAAUGUAUUGGCACGCAGACUUAAAUCUGGAGGUCAUCAUGCGAAUCAUGGCAUAUCCCGUAAAAUUUGCCCUGCCUUUAGUAUUUAAAAGUUAAUGACUUAUUAGGGGCUUUAAUUUUCAAACUGCAAGUAAAACUGUAAAAAAGUU